AAAUUCUGGAGGCCCUGCCAGCCCCGGAGAAGGAGACAGUGACUCUGUGGGGACGGAGGGCAGGGACCAUGGGGCUGGGGGGUCUCCUCCUCCCCCUCCUCGUCCUCGGGGUGGCCGGUUCCCGGCUGCAGCUAGUCACAGAUCCCUCCUCCCGGGCCCUGCUGGGCUCUGGGGCGCUGCUGAAAUGUCGGUUCGACGUCGGGGGGCCGGUCGAUCUGAGCGCCCUGCGGGUUCGGUGGUAUCUGUUUGAGGAGAGGAUCGCGCAGUACGACCAGGGCAGGGCAGAAUCCCAGGUCAGAGCGAGCGUGUCGGAGCAGGAGUUGAAGACGGGGGAUGCCUCUCUCUUGCUAUCCAAUGUGACGGUGUCGGAUGAGGGGCCGUAUAAAUGCGUCGUUGGCUACGGUACGGAGCAGCUGCAGGGAGAGACGACCCUCCGUGUGCUCGCCCCGUACGAGCCCCCGCAGCUCACCGUGCUCUCCCGGGCUGGGGGGCGGCUGGCCCUGCAGUGCCGCUCCGCGGGGGGUUACCCCAAGCCCGAGAUAACGUGGCACGACGGGAACGGGACCCAGCUGAGCCAGGCCGAGCCGGUGGAGCUGCAGAGGAGCAGCCUGGGGGCCUUCGAGGUGCGGAGCAGCCUGUUGCUGACGCCCCGCCCCGGGGGGUCCGUCUGCUGCACCCUGAUCCACAGGCCCCUGCAGCAGAAUAUGAGCAUCUGUGAGACCCUCCCAGCGCCAGAGGCCCAGAGGCAGGCGCCGGAGCAGCAACUCCCCGGAUGGGUGAUGGCUGUCGUGACGCUGGCGCUCGUGACCCUCAUGUGCGUGGUGCUGAUCCAUUGGGGGCUGCCGCUCAUCCCUGCCGAAGGGUUUCACAUUGGAUAGUGAACAGCGCGUGACUCCCAGGACUGGCACCGUGUGUGAACGGACUCCCUCGAAAUGGAAAUGGCUGAGCACUAGGUCUGCACAGCCCAUCCGUCCCCCGUCCCACAGCCAGUGGGGAGCUGUUGUGUAUUUGGUUGUCAUGGGUUUUGUUACUAUGGCAACUGAGUUAGACUAUUAAGGGAUAGCUCAGCCGGUUUCAACCGGCUGAGUGAGCUCUCUGUAUAUAUG